AUGUUGGUACAGUGCAAGUUGCUGAUUGCUGUGUUUGAUGAACAAGAAUCAAUUUCUAAGGUUGAGAGCCCCAACGGAAAUCAAACAGAGAGCCAUAGCCCAGACCCUUUUGAUGCAGAAGUGGCUACCCAGUUGGCUGCCUUUAAACCCAUUGGCGGAGAAAUUGAAGUAACUACUUCUGCUCUGAAAUUAGGCACACCACUGUUAGUGAGGAGGAGCAGUGACCCAGCACUGGGCCCACCUGCUGACUCUCAUCCAGGUGCUUCACACCCCAAUGACCAGAAUCUGAAACCUGUUGUACCAGGUUCACCACAAAGUUUGGAAGAUAGUGAAAUCAUGUGUAGUGGACAGUCAGAACCGCUGACAUUGCAAAAAACUAAACAUACAUCCAGUGAUAUGACAAGAACAGUGGAGAUUUCUGGGGAAGGUGGCCCUCUGGGGAUACAUGUAGUGCCCUUCUUUUCAUCACUGAGUGGAAGGAUUUUAGGGCUCUUUAUCCGGGGUAUUGAGGAAAACAGCAGGUCUAAAAGAGAUGGACUAUUUCAUGAAAAUGAAUGCAUCGUAAAAAUCAACAAUGUGGAUCUCAUAGACAAAACCUUUGCUCAGGCUCAAGAUGUCUUUCGUCAGGCGAUGAAAUCCCAAAGUGUGCUCUUACAAGUGCUUCCACCAGACAACCGUGAACAGUAUGAAAAGUCAGUCAUUGCACCUCUUGGAAUCUUUGGUAACAGUGAUGUUUUCAGAACAAAGGUAUCCCCUCCAAUCCAAGUAAAGCCAGCAUCAAAAACAAUCAAUCUGACAGGAGCAAGCAGUCUGGAAGGAGACACACAGAUUUCUAGCCAACAAAACAGGAGCCCCAGAGUACCAAGACUAGGAAGAAAGCCAUCAUCACCAUCACUUUCUCCCCUGAUGGGGUUUGGAAGCAAGAAAAAUGCAAAGAAAAUUAAGAUUGACCUUAAGAAAGGUCCCGAAGGACUUGGUUUCACCGUGGUUACCAGAGAUUCCUCAAUACAUGGUCCUGGUCCGAUUUUUGUGAAAAAUAUUUUACCCAAAGGAGCAGCUGUGAAAGAUGGCCGUCUGCAGUCAGGGGACAGAAUUUUGGAGGUGAAUGGCAGAGACAUUACUGGUCGAACUCAGGAAGAACUUGUAGCCAUGCUGAGGAGCACUAAACAAGGAGAGACUGCAUCUCUUGUCAUUGCUCGUCAAGAAGAAAGCUUCCUGCCUCGAGAACUGGAUGGGCGCUUACGAAUAAAUGACCAGCUGAUUGCAGUGAAUGGAGAAUCUCUUUUGGGCAAGUCCAACCAUGAAGCUAUGGAGACUCUUAGAAGAUCCAUGUCUAUGGAAGGGAACAUCCGAGGGAUGAUCCAACUAGUGAUUCUGAGACGAUUAGACAGACAGACAGAGGAGCGUACUGAUUAUGGGCUCUUUCCCAAGCCCUCUGUUGAGAGCUGUCAACAUUUUGUUUCCACCUCCAGACGCCAAGAGCCCAGCCCACAUCCAUUCCUCUCAUACAGCCCACAGGAGAGACAAAAAGAACUGCUACUCUCAAAUGCUAACUGGGCUGAGAGCGACAUCCCCCCACCUCUACCUCCACAUCCCAAUCUGGAAUUGGACCUUGAAGAUUAUAACCAUAGCCCAGUAGGGGAUUCAGCAGUAUAUUGUACAGAUCAGCAAAUAAACUUCAGAUCCCUGACAUCAGCCAAGCAGCCUGAAUCAAUUCAUCUGAAAGCCUCAAAGAGCAUGGACCUUGUGCCAGAUGAAAGUAAAGUUCACUCAUUGGCUGGACACAAAUUGGAACCUACUGGCAAAGAUUUUGGCCCUACCCUGGGUUUGAAAAAGUCUAGUUCCCUGGAAAGUUUGCAAACAGCAGUAGCCGAAGUCAGGAAAAAUGAUCUUCCUUUCCAUAGACCUCGUCCUCAUAUGGUACGUGGGAGAGGAUGUAAUGAGAGCUUUAGAGCGGCUAUUGACAAAUCUUAUGAUGGACCUGAAGACUUGGAGGAGGACGGUCUGUCUGAUAAGAGUUCUCGAUCUGGACAGGGAGCUCAGAAUUGUGAAUCUAACCCUCAGGGGAAUGCUGCACCAGAGAAUAUAGAAAAUAAAGCCAAGAAGAACAAAAAAAAUAAAGACAAGGAGAAGAAAAAGGAAAAGGGCAAAUUGAAAGUCAAGGAGAAAAAACAAAAAGAAGAUAAUGAAGAUCCUGAGAAAAAAGUUAAGAAGAAAGGAUUUGGUGCCAUGUUGAGAUUUGGGAAGAAAAAAGAUGAUAAAAGUGGAAAAAAUGAACAAAAGGGAAAUCUAAAGCAAGGCAUGCUCCAAGAAGAAGAACUAGAAAAAAUGAAGGAAGAACGUGAAAGAAUUGGAGCCAAACACCAGGAGCUACGAGAAAAGCAGGCAAGAGGGCUUAUUGAUUAUUCCACUGGCCUCAUAGGACCUUUUCAUGAUAUGGAUGAUGAUGAAAUGGAUCCCAAUUAUGCCCGAGUGAACCAUUUCCAGGAUACUUAUGUACCAGCUGGUGUCUACAGGCCAUCAUCACCACCAAGUAUUGGAGCACUCGGUUACCCACGGGAUGGCCCCCCACUAUCUCCAGAGAAGGAUCACUUGGAGGGGCUUUAUGCAAAGAUCAACAAGCCUUAUCAUCCUCAGACUCUUGCUGACAGUGGCCGCCCCACAAGUGGAUGUGCUGACCGAAUCCAGAAGUUACGGAAGGAAUACCACCAAGCCAGAAGAGAAGGCUUUUCUUUAUAUGAAGAUGAGGAAGUAAGAGCAAGGCCUUCUGAUUAUGAACAGCAUUGGGUGUCUGGAAAAAGUCCAGAUGGGAGCUCACACAACCUCCGCUUUGAGGGGAUGGAAAGACAAUGUGCAUCCUUACCCAGACGAGGACCUACAGAGCCAGCAGAUUAUCUAACAGGACCUCGGUUGAUAUACAAGGAAAGGCAACUUCCUUAUUACCCAGGAAUGCAACCCAUUCAUCCUCCUAAAGGAAGCUAUCUCCGUGCCCAGGAUGUGAGGCUACCAGAACUUCACUAUCCUCAAUACUAUCCACCCCCUCCAGCUACCCUCCACAAAGGACCUUUCCGACAAGAUGUUCCACCUUCACCACCUCAACACCCCAAAGUGCCAGCAUAUAAUGAAAUAGGCAAAAUGGGACAGCAGGCAGCCAGCCCAGAACAGUACCCAUAUAGAGCCCAGGACCCCCGGCAGAAAAAUCCCAUGACUGCAGCUGUGUAGCGGGACACCGCCAAGAUCAGCACAGUCUAGGAAAAAAAGACUUCUGAAAUUGCCUCCUUUUUUUCUCUCAGUCCCCCAAAGUCUUCCUAGCUAUGAAAUUAUCCAUGAACUGGAACCAUUCUUUCUGCUGCAGGUACAGAUUAGGUUCUUCUCGCUGAGGAAAUCACUUAAGGCCAAUCAGAAGGGUGAAAAAGGAAGGUACAAUAUGUCUGAUCAGGCCAUGAAAACAGUGGUACUGUACAUUAAAAUGCUUUUAAACCAGUUAAACUCAGAGCAGAAGUGGUAGCUGAAAAGUAAAUAACAUCUUUAGACACACUAAGUGGAAUAUCCCAGGGCUAAAUAAUAUGCACCACUGGACCUUUCCACACAUAUGGGCACACAGGAACACACACACACAUACACACACACACACACACACACACACACACACACACAGCAGUCCCUCUGUUAAAGAUUACUGCCGAUGUUAAGACAGUCUCUGCUAUAGAUCCUUGGCUAUUUGGGAGCCAAGCAACAGCAGGCUUUUUACAAUCGGAAAGCCAGUUCCUAAGGCCACAGUGUAUACAAGACUGCUAAUUUGGUGCACCUGGUGUGGGUUAUUAUUUUAGCAAAAGAAGAACGGAAAAAAAUAAGAAAAAGCAGAAGUGGCCCCUCAAAAAUUUUCUGUCAGAAAAAGACAGUAUUUAUCUAUAAUGUCUGUCAGGGUACUAGUACCACCCGUCUGAUUGACUGUCCCUGCCAGUCAUGAAGGUACUUGGUAAGACUGAAUGUACAAUAGGAAUGGGGGCCUUGGUUACAUUUCUCUUGUUUCCCUAUUGAACAGAAAAAUUCAACAUCAGGCCUCAGAAGGAAUCCUGAGAACCAGUGAGAGCUACUGAGAGGCUGGUAUUUCAAGGACCAAUCAAUCAUUGUGAAAGGAGUGGGGUCUUGUCACAUGCAGCCUAAAGCUAUAUUCCACAAGGACAUGCUUAUUCUCUCUUAGAUGGAGGAGCCUGGGAGCCAGCAGGAGGGCCAGAGUUGACCUGGUCUUUCCCCUUCCUUUCCGCCUUUUUCUGGCCACAAUAUCAGAGAGGCCCCAGAUCUCAGAAGCAGUCCCAGGUUUCCAACCUGUAAUUAUUUAGCUGCCGGUUCUAUUUUAAGGCUUCCACUUCUAUAGAUAAUCCUCAAUUGGCAAGGAAGAGAACCCUCUUGUUGGGCCUCCCAGGAUUCAAUGCCCUCGAGGUGCCAAUUCAGUAAUAAGUGCCAAACAAUCCCCAUUUGCACUACAGGGAGCUAAAUGCCAACCACAACUGGGAGGAACCUUUUUGGGGACUUUAAAACAAAAUGGACUAGGGCGUGGUGGACAAACAGUAUGUGUUCAGUAAGGCUGUGCUCUGAUGUGAGUUUCACUUUGUUUUGGUUUGAAUUUGUGUGUGUGUUAAACAGAAGAGGGAGUAGAAUGUAGGAAAACACAGUUUUGAAGAACUAACUUUUAAAGGCAAAUAUAAAAGUUAACAGGAGUUUUGUGUUUGAGAAGGAAGAAAAUGAGAAGGGAGAGGUUAGAAAAGAGGUGGGGUGGGAUAUGAAGAGACAAUAAACCAGGGUUAUCUUUUUCUGUGAAUUCUUAGUAACAGCAAAUAAAACUUCAAGAAGGAUCCUGGUACAGAUAGAGUGUGACAAAGCCAGAGAUUUAGAACUAAAUUUCUUCAGUUUCCCUAAGAAUAAGCAUGAUGCUCCUGGGAGGUCAAUAGAAAUCCCAUAAUGUCAGAUCUAAAGGAAAGGCAUCUAAUUCAUCUGAAAAAUGAAAAAUCUAAGACUCAGAGAGGGAAAAGUGAUGGAGGCUAUGCAGGUCAGAGAUGACGGUCAGAAUUUGAACAUGGAUCUGUCUCAAAAUUCAGGACUUUUCACUGUACAACUAAGACUUGGAUUCCAGUGUUUCACAACUUAACUUGUUUGACUACAAAGUAAAUGGUAGGAAAAGGAUCUUAAAGCUUUAAAAAUAAUUUUUUAAAAAAUCUUUCAAAGGCUUUAAGAUGGAUAAAUCAAUUGCAAUUCCUUUGAACUCUGUGACCAUUUUCUCCUUAUGAAUGGACAAUUCGAAGAUUGUAACUAGACCUAAAUGAGAAAGCAAACAAAGAACUGUUUGAGGAACAUUCAAAACCUAGAGGCAGAACAUUUUGUCUGGAUUUGGGCAUCUUAAAAAGACUCUUCAGAGUACUUAUUGUUUAAAAGGGGAGGGGGGGUCUAGAAGGUCAUCUUCAGCCACUGCCCUUGUUUAAAAUGGAGGAGCUUAAGAUGAUUCAUUAAAUUACAAUACUACAGAUUGCCAUGGGUCCAUCUAUCCCAGAUUAAUAUUUCCUCACUCCAAUGUAUCUUCAAUGUCAUUGAUUUAGGUGUCCAUGAAGUUCAUAAUUCAUCUUUACCUUCUGGUCCAUGGUCUCCCAAACAUCUUCCACAGGCCAUCAACACAACAUAAUGAGGGCUUCCCCUUGAUCUUUUUAUACUUCAUAGCUAUCAGGGCAGUACUUGAGCAAUCUAUAAUCCAUUGCUUUUCCCUAGUCCAUCACAUUUUCCAAUUAUAUUUUUCCACAAUAAUAUCAUUUAUAACAAAAAGAAAUUGAGUUCUGUCUCUAAGAAGUGAUGCUGACUGCUGGUUUGAGAGAAAAAAGAAUGUUGAAAGACAGAAGUUGCACUAAAGUAGGAAUUAGAAGGACUUAGAUUUGCUAAUGACUAUGUGACCUUAAGCAAGUCUCUUAAUCAUGGGAUCUUAGGGUCAGUGAUAUAGAACCAGAAGGAACCUAGUUCAGAGCCAUCUAGUUCAAUUACCUCAUUUUACAAAUGGAGAGUUUCUUCAUUUGUAAAAGAAAAUGAUCAUUUGAACUUGAUGAUAUCUGAGGUCCCCUCCUAGCUUUAAGUUCUAACAGGAUUUAUAGAGGAAGUGGGGUUUGGAGCUCAAUAUCUCUCAAAUAUUCUUAACUACAAUUUCCUGUUGGAGAUGUACCAGGAUGUUGCUUUUUCUAUCUCUCAACCACAAGAGCCCAUCUUGGAGCUAUGGCAUACAGAACCUCAUUUGAAUUCCUGUUAACAGUAUUCAGUAGGAACCAGGGUAAGGGAUCUAAUGUGGGUUUUUGCCACAUAUAUAACACCUGAUUUUAUUAAAAGUCCCAGGUUUGCCCACCUGUGAUUAUUGGGUGCUUGCUUUUACUUGUAACCUGACUGGAGAGCCACUGGGGUCUUGAAAGUCCUACCUUGGAGGUGCUGAUUCAGUACUUGCUAGUAGAAUAGAGGUACACCAAGUUGAGGUAUUGAGGGGAUCUGCUGAAAGGGAUAAUAAGCUUAAUAAAUUUUGCAGAUGAAAAAGAUAAAGUUAGGGGAAAUGUUCCUUGCAAUGGGUCAUUAGAAAUGAGGUCUUUGGUUCUUUCCUUCCCUGAUUCCAAUCUCCAGCUUAGCUCUUACGGGAUAGAAGCCAGAAGCUUCCGUUUAUUGGUAAAGGAUGUGACCACAAACGAGAGGAUCUGGAUAGAGGUCAAUAACAUGAGGUUAAGCAGUCUAUAGUGGGCAAGAGGUGUGAUCUUAAUAGAAAGAAAGCCCUCAUUUUCACAUUCCCACUUGGAAACCUAGCACGUACUCCACCUACUGCACAUAGACUGGGCCUGAGAUUCUCUGGAGAAGGCUUUUUGUAUUGUGUACACAGUCAAUAAAAAUGUGGUAACCUCAGGGAGGCAGCCAGAGCCGAGAAGGUCCACUUAAAGUGAGUGAAAAAUAAAUUAAGAUAGUUCCCUUUGCUCCUUUGAAAUAUAACCCACAUCCCAUUUGCCCCUGCUGGAAAGGAACUAAUAUUGUGUGUUUGCGACAGUGCCUUUAUCAAGCCAGGCAACAAUUAGAAACAGCUCAGAACUCGAGGGAGGGCUUAAUAAAUCACUACGCAAUAUAUCGCUUCUCAGGGCACUACAGUACCAUUUACAGAUUUCAUCUACAGUAUUUAGGAAAAACACAGCAUAAUCAGCAUGGGGUGAAAAACAAACUUCCAGUUUAUUUAUGGCCUUUGGAAAACUCAAUCAGUAGUUUCCACAUAGCUCAGAACUCUAAUAACCCCCCUGGAAUGCCAUGGCUGGUGCCACUUAAGGAACACCCAUCAAACAAACCCCUUCCUUGCUGCUAAUCUGACCCAAUAGGUCACUUAGGACUUGAAAUGAUGUUUUUGCCUUAAGUCAGUAGACAUUUUUACAGACCCCUAUUUUCCUCCUGUGUUUGAAGAAAUAGGUAAAAAGGGUAAUAUCUGGAAAUAGAUCAUCAGAAGUUAUAGUGAAAGAAAAAUUCCACUCUCCAUUAACAGCACAAAGAAAUAUCUCAUCAAGGCAUUGGACCUUUGGGCUGCUGGACUAUCACUCUUGGAAUAAGGUGGGCAAAAGGGGCAGGUUAUAUGCCUUUCCACAGUACCAGAUCUGAAGACUGAAGACAAGUCAGGAUGGUUAAAAUUCAGGAAACAGAAACUAGAGAUUGGGUUUUUUUCCCCUUUUAUUCAUACUUAUUGGAUAUUUAGAGAUGUCAAGAGAAAUUAUGAGAGCUGCCUACCAUCACAGAGCUAUUGUGUGUUUUCCAACCCAGGUGUAUCCUAUCUACUUCCUACCACUGCUCAGAGGGAGCAUAAUGUGUUGGAUACAGAGGGCUGGGUUCUGAAUAAGAAGAUUUGAAUUCAAAUUCAGUUUCUCACAUGUACGGAUUGUUUAACAAACCAUGGGCAAGCCAUUUAAUCUCUAGCUACUAAGUCUAUAAAGUAUAAACCUUCUGUUCAGUAUUUAUCAGGUAAGGGAAGGUUUCUACACCAGUGGUUAUGGAAUCACAAGUCUGAAUGAAUAUGUAAAGCCAACAUCCUUUCCUCAUCCCAUGUGCUAUUCCAAGUUGUAAGCUGAUCUGGAUUCUGGAGGAGCUUGAGCUGAUUGAAGAUUCAGUGUGUUGAGUCAGACCACUGAAGCUAGUCAUUACAGCUGUCUAGUGUUGGUCAUUUGAAAGUGAAUUGCUCAAAGCCUAGAGGAAAACGAAUCUAAGAGAACAUUCUUUGGAGAUUUGGAAGGAAAGGAAAAUACCCCACGAUAGGUUUAGUUUAUUUAUGGGCCUGGUAAACAUCACAUAAUUUGAAACAUUGAGACUCUAAAUACAGCUCCUUUCCAAGUGGAAGUCAUUCCACUGGAGAGAUUUCUCUCCUGCUUUCUGAGUCCACGAGUCACACUGUGGCCACAUUUGGUGCCAUUACUUCAGGAAGAGCCGUUAAUAGGAAUAACCAAAGAUGCUUUUUCUCAACACUCCUCAUCUAUAUCAGUCUGGGAAGAAAUGAUAGCCCAGUGAUGGUGGAGCAAGAAGUAGUCACUCUGAGAGAUCCCUGCAGAGUGAGCUUUGUGAUCAAAGAGAAACCUUGGGCAGACUAAAAUUAGUCCCAUAUCUUAUAUGCAGCCAGGUCUCUUAAGUAGACCAUUUUUCUCACCCACAUCCCUAAAUCAUAAUAGCAUCCCUCAAGGGCUGAUUUUUCAAAGGUGGACUAGAAAGCCCUGAUGUUGGGGGAGUUAAUGGCCCCUGAUUACACUUCUAGCCGGUAUCCCUGAUUGCAGUGAUUUGAGAAAAUAUUCUCACUCAGUCUGCACUAACUGGAGUGCUGUUUACUAUCCGGACGUAAAAACAAAACCUGUUGUUUAUAAACUACUUUUUCUAGUAUUUCCUGUGAUUUUAUGAUACCAAAUCUGUUCAAAAGUUAUAAAGAAAAAAUUAUAUGAAAUCAUAUUUUGGAAUAUGGGGAAUUAAAGGGAUGGAGUCUUUGCUAAAUUUGAAAGAUUGUUCCUUUUUAUACCACAGAAAGCAUUUGGAAUUUUUGUUUCAUAUUACUAUAUAAAAUGUACUUGGUUUAUUUUGCAUUAAAAUAAAGCUUUUCAGAGUUC